AUGAUGCAAGCAGCGGGACAGGUAGUUGGUAAUGGUGCAGUAGAAAGGCGUAUGAGCUCUGAUCAUAUCAAGGUAAACCCGCACAGAAAUUCAAUUUUGGGGCAAAGUUGUCGUAGUUAAGAGCUUAAUAAGAAAGUGAUGAGCAAAGUGCCUUCCAAGCUUCACCGAGUUUUGUUAAAUUAAGUAAACUUCAGGGUAAAUUUAACUGCCAAGGCAUAUUUUGCAAGCUGUGAAAUCUGUUUCCCAGAGAUCUGUUGAUUUGACGUAGCUCAGUGGCCGAUACAUUUCUGUUUCUUAAUCAGUGUCCGCUGAGAAUUAUCACUUCAACUUAUUAUGAGCAUUUGAAUUAUUUUUUUGUUUGAAAUUAGCCGUUUUUUUGGUUGUUCAGUUUGUAUGUUAAUUUUAAAUUUGAGCUUUUCCCAAUCGAUGAAAUUGGUUUUGCUUGUCAAGGAUGGAGGUGUCACAUUUUGGAGCACAACUGAACGCGGAAUUAAAGCAGAACUGCGGCUACAACAUCAUCCUUACGACACAGAAUCAUGGGGAGUACUAAUAAGAGAGGCACAGGUAAAAACAGGAUUUUUUUUAAACAAAUCAGCGCUAAAAACUUAUUGCAAGGAUGCGAAUUAUUUAUUGUUAUUACAUUAGCUGUAACCCAGAUGUAGAACUGCCCGAAAUUUUCUAAUAUUGAAGGAAAAAGGCAAGGCUGAUAAUGUAAAAUCAUUGCCAAACCAAGUUUUAGUUUUUGUAAGAUUUAAUUUGAAAAUACCGUAUUUCACAUCUUUUCCAGAGUCCAAUCAUGUAGUCAUUAAACUACAUGAUUAUGUAUGCAAAUUGGCUUCCUUUCAGAAUUCUUGGAAAGUGCUAAAGAAAUUAGAUUGCUUCAUUUGUGAGAUUAUUUUUUAAUGGUAUGGGAUCUAAGUUAAAACAUGCAGACUGACAUCAUCCAUCUGAAACUCUCUGUCUAAGGAACAUUUCUAUCAUGUUUACUCCUCCUUUGAUUGAACUAUUGUUUGUGAUUAACAUGAAUAAAUACUUAUAUCUUCACCAUCAUUUAGCCUGAUGGUAAUGUAACUUAAAGGGGAACUAAAGCCUUAAGUUGGAUUUUUUUUCUGAGUUCAUUUCUAGGUAGAUUUAGUGGAACAAGAUAAAGUCUUGGUUUUUAUUUUUAUUCACCUAUUAUUUACGAGUAAAGUUGAUAUGGAGUUGCCUUUUUACUGCUUUUGUGGUUGUAAAACCACGGGCUUGAAAUGAUUAGCAGCAGUUAAAUGGUGGGGAAAUGAAACAUUGCUUUUUCUUGCAAAAGGUGCAUAUCAGUACAUAAUAAGUGUAUACAUUACAUUUAUUGGUCUUUAUUUUGCAAGUAUAAGUGGUUUGUCGCCCUUCUAGUGUGAGCCUACCAUAAUUUCCGGUCGUUUAUCUGUGGGUAAUCUGUUGAUUUUGCAUUAAAUGCACGCCACUGCGGGUGAUAGGGAGGUGCAGGUUAUGUGACAAUUUUAAAAUCUACUGGGAGUUGAAUUGAAAAAAUUCUCACCUACAUGCAUUUCCACCUCUCAAAUUAAUUUUAUAGUAUUAAGAGUGUCACAAAGCGGCAUGAAAACAUGAUGCUGACUUGAGUUUAUUUCACACAUAAUUUGUUGUGUGACAAACAAAUUAUUAUUAUUAUCAGCACGUGUGAAAACAAAACCUUGAUGGUGACAAAAAUAAUCCAAACAUAUCUGGUGCAUCAAUAACAAAUUUCCAUUUAACACUAGCUUGAGCUAAAGAGAAUUUUCCUGUUUUAAGGGACUUGUUAGGCUCAAGAGAACGGGAGAUAUCUAUUUUUUUCAGAAAUCGCCGACCUAGCUUUCUUUCAACAAAUCAACAUGACGCUGAACGAUCGCUCGCACAAAAUGUGGCCACAAAUUUGCAUUCUGUCAAGUAUGAAACAUUGAGAUUUGGGCAUGGGCCGCUAGUGUUUCUACUGUAUAAUUUUAUUGAUAAAGAACAUGCUAAUAUUGACACAGAAUUGUGCACGCGUCUGAAUUUCUUCGACCUUUAAACUCAACAAAGAAGCUUUAAAGCUUUCGAAAGUUAGAUUAGACAACUUUUAAAAGACUGAAAUGUAUCACCUUAAUGUCACAUUUUCACCACCAAAAAGUUCAAUAACACAACGUGUGGGUUAUCCACCAGUGCGGGUAAUCUGUUCAUUUUUUUUUUUGCCGUAUGCAAUAAUCGGCCGGUGCAGGUAAUCGGCGGUGCAGGUAAUCGGCUGUGCGGGUAAUAGGCUGGAAAUUACAGUAAUUACUCUUCAGGCAAAGAACUGGUCAACUUGGAAGAAGACAUUGAGGAAACAGAAGCUGUGAUUGAUCAUUCUACAAGAAUUGGAAACACUGAAUGAUCAAUGUCUUUACAGCAGACAUUUUGAAGCUAUUUUUUUGGCAGACAAAUGCUUUUGUUGUCAAGAGCUGAUUGGCCUACAUAGGCAAGAAACUGGCAAAAUACAUAGGUAGUUUUAUUCCUUUCACUCACAGGUCUAACUAAAACACAUAGACAGACAUUCCUGCUACACAGUGAAAAGCUAUGGUAAAUUAUAAUCUGAGUCCCCUGAUAAAUGAUACUAAGGUCAAUUGAGUGUUUUCAUAAUACACAUGUAAAUCCUCUUUUCGCUUGUGUGCGGUGACAGUUUUGAGAUGAUAGCUGAGGAUUUGUUGUUGGGUCUUCAGGAAAAUAUUUUUGGGAUGGCAUCCUCCUUUGGCUUGUACUUUGCAGGUGUUCAAAGAAUUUCAAACUUGAGUUAUUGUUUGUAAUGAGGUGCUUAGUUAUUUCCUUGAGAAAUUUUGCUAGCUAUUUUCUUUUGAAGAUUUUGGUGUGACUUCACUCAUGCAUAUUCUGUGCAACACACCAUAAGUAAAUUACUGAUGGUCAGAAACUAAAUUGAAGAAAGCCUGAAAACACUGUCCAUCUCUUUCUCAAAAUGACAUUAACUCUAACUCUGAAAAAGUUCACACUGUGUUUGCAAAAAAGUAUAUAAGCAUACCAUACACACAAACACAUCUCUUUACAUAAACAAAUGACACAACUCAAUUGUGUGAUUUAAUGACUUACUAACGGACUGUGCUUGGGAUUGUGUACAACCACGUUGAGUUUUUCCAUAGAUCUCUUGCCCACAGACUACUGGGCUAAUAAGGUUUCCAACAACUUCUAUAUAUGAAAGUAUGGAAUAUUUAAGAAAUUAGAAAGUAUAUGACCAUACAAAACUGUUUGUGGGAAGUCAAGAGAUGGCUAAAUAAACAACACAGACAUAUUCACUGAUUGAUUUGACAUUCUCAGCCAUCCAAACCCAGCCUGAAGUCAAACAUUUUCUCAGUGUGAGAAACAUGCCUUAUCAUUCCCCUUUUUAUUUUAAUCAUCAUAAGAAGCCACACAACUUCAAUAAACCUACUGAAUGCAAGUUUUGAGGCAACAGUGUCUAAGGGUUCUGAUCUUUCUUCCAUAUCAGUGACUGAUAUUAACCACUGACAUUGAUUUUCUGAGCCAUGGUACUGCUGGGUAAAAAAAUAUUUUUUCAAAGAGAGGUUCAAACCAAAGACUGAAAAAAACUUUUGAACAUUUAUAUUUAAGCUGUAAGCCGCAAUUUUAAAAUGGUUAAAAUUUAGAGCUUCAGUUUCCCUUUAAACUUUGAAAUUUUAUUGGUUUUUAUCUUAAAUACAAAAAAGUUCUUAAAAAUAAUUUUCUCAAUUUGUUAGUUUAAAACAUUUUAUCACUGUUUUUGCUGUUGAAUGUUAAAAGUCACUUUGGAUUAAUCAGUUCAAUUGUUUUAAACUGUAGGUUCUUUUAUUAUUAUUAUUUUUAAUUUUUUCAUCAUUAAUUUCCAUGUAUGUAUCAUUAGAACUGAUAAUACAACAGAGAUGUUUGAGUUAAUUCUAUGUUAAGAGCAAAUAUUUUUUCUGUUUUAUUUGCUUUAGAAUACUCCUUUGGAAACAUCUAGAGUUCUGUGUGAAAAGCUUGUAAGACGAUUCCCUAAUGCUGGUCGUUACUGGAGAUUAUACAUUGAGCAAGAGGUUUUUAGAAUUUGUAGUUUCUUUAAGAUUUGUUAGCUCUGAAAAUAAUUUUACUAGUCUCUCUCUUACAAAUUCAGAUCUUGGUAUCUGGUGCACUUGUGUCUAUAAAUCCAUUCUUAGUCUCUGCAGACCCUGUGAUGUAGUGUUAACAUAUUGCUCUGUGAUUUUGAGCCUAAUUUUUGGGCAACCAGAGAUAACUUGUGUAAAUUGCUAGUAAUUUUGCUGCAAAUUUAGGUGAUUUUUUUUGCCCAAAGAAUUACUAGCAGUUUGUACAGGAACUCUAAGGAAAUAGUGUCUGCUCAUAGUGCAGGACAAAAUUAUUUGACUAGGGUUACAAUUGUGCAAAAGCUUGAUUUAUUUCAUAAGAUAUAUGACGUGACCAUAAAUAAGGGAGGUUAAAGGUAGGCACAAAAGGUCACCUAACUGUUGGCACAAUUGCCACAGAAUAAAGGUUCUUGGUUGAGUUCUCUAUUUAAAGUGAAAUGCUAUGUUUGUUUGCUCUGUUUAAGAGCGAAAUAAAUGGGCUUUUUCAAUACUGUGUCCUUUUUCAGACUAAACAGAGAUUUGACUCUCAAAAAUGUUUGUGUUGUGUUUACAUUUGUGUGCAGUCUCUUUAUUUGCCUCAAGUGUCAUUUACUUAACGUAGUAUCCUCUGGGGUUCUUUUUUUUAGAUAUCUCAGUUGUUAUUUCCGUAUUUAAACCGUCCAAAUUUCUCUUCAUUUUAGAGUAGAAUUUGUUUCUGAGACCAUUUUAAAGAUAUUAUAAUUUUUUUUUAAAGUAUCCAUAUCAACCAAAGAAAUAUCACGUGCCACUUAAAUGCAGUAAAACCAUUUCCAGGGCUGUUCAUAAUAUUGUAGCUGGUUCAGUGCCAAUAAGCACAAAAUUUUACUCUCCACCAGGAGGAUACUAAGGCAUGGUCCAAAACUUGAGAGUACUUUGUUGACGGGAUAAAAAGAAAAAUUUUACCCCCUAAGAAACAAAACAAACAAAACAAACAAAAAUUUUACAACUGAAGAAAUAAUAUUGCAUUGUUUCUGUCCAGAGGUUAAUCUGGUGGUCAAAAGUGUCGGUAUAGUUUCCAGUUUGUGCCCAUACAUAAAAUGUUCAAUUGAACCCAGGUGAUCGUUACAUAUUGAUAUAGGUGGAGACAGUUUCCACUUCAUUACUGCGCUUAGAUGAUCCGUCACAGUUGGCUUACAAAACCAUCCUCUUGUGACUGUUCCUCUUUAAAUACAGUUCACACCCCCAAGGACUAUGGUUUGUUGAAAGGGCUCAAUUUAUUAUCUUGUUCCUGUUCAGUCUUCUUCAUUUUCUCCCUUUCCCCUGUUUGGUUUAUUUUCCCCUUGUUUCUUAGAAUCAAUGAAGAGCCAUGGGAUAUCAACCUUUUUCUCCCUGAUUAGAGGAUUUACAACCUGUUUGUGGAUUAGAAAAGUAGAGUUUAUGUUUGCAGGCAUAACUAGUUUUGGGUGAGGGUUAAAAUACUCUUGGAAGGGUACAUAACAGGUUUAUACUCUAGGACAUAUACUGUAUUACAAUUAUCAUCACUUUGGAGGACAAUAAAAUAAAAACUGAAGAAAAAAUGACUACUAAACAGUCUGAAAUCUCCAUUUUAGCCUGCAAAAUGCAUCGCAGUGCCCUUCAAAGUGAUAAUAAUUAGUUUAAAAGUACAUAAGUUUCUCCUGGUAUUCUGGCGUACAUGUCUUGCCCUAAUUCAAGUCAUGGUCUUUUUAUCCUAUGGAGGGAAGAAAGAAAUUUCACAUUGGUGACUUACAGUGAUUUAAAUUCAUAGUUUCAAGUGUUGUGUCCACAGAUGUAAAAGCAGCCAUUGUAACUAGUGUUAGAAGGGGGGGGGGGGGUGCAGUGCCUAGCACAGGGUGAGGUCAGCUGUAAAAGAGAAAAGAAGCCAGUUGGCCAUUUUAACCAUCCUCCUUCACCAUUUUCUGCUUUAUUUAAUGGUCUAUUUCCUAUAUUUUCAAUUCUUUUUUUCUUGAUUGUCAUGCCUUUGAAAUCACUUUGUGUUAAGAUUUUGAAGGUAGCAUCUGUUGAUCUGUUGAAAUACUCAAGACUUGAUAAUUUAACCUUGUGCUCUAUCCUCCUCUUCCAACCACUCAACCUCAACUGCAUCAGUUUUAAGACCUUUUUUUAUUACCAACUUACUCAGCUUGGAUGACUCCAACACCAAACAAUUAUUUAUGGUACUGGAACCUCCCAUAAUGACAAACCCAAAUCAAGAAGUAAAAUGUGUGAACUCUUAGGACUUUUUUUCCAUUACCAAUUUGACAAGCUUCUGAUUUAUAUUUAAGAAGGCAAAUUCAGUUUUCUAUUUUGGAAAGAGUUGAAAAUGCAGAAUAUUGGGGUUAUUAACUAGGAUAAUUACACUUUUCAAACAUAAUUAUUAUCCUAGACUGCUGUGUUUUUAAAAAUCUUGACUAAUUUCAAGGUGGACAAAUCUAAGUUGUUCCUCAUCUUGCCCCCCUUCCUUCCAUCAGGGGUAUUUUUUUCCACUACUCAUAUAAGGGAGGGGGCUGUGAUGAAAUGGGGGACAGAGGUUACCCAAGUGGAAACAGAUUCUUCCAUAUUGGUUUGUUGCUAAAAACCCCAAUUCUUGCAUGCUUAAAACAAAUUAUAGUGUAAUUUACCUCCUUGCUCCCUUUGCACAAAUUGUGUGCAGUGGUGUGCUUGUAAAGCAUAUUGGCUACCUAGUAAAUCUUAGCUCCAUUUGAAGCCAAACUGUUAUGUAAGAGAAGUGGAAAUUAGUUGGUUGUAAGUUUGAUACUCUUGGAGUGAAGAACUGAUGCCCUUUUCCAUGCCAAAAUUUAAGGUGCCUCCAAACUUCACUUCAGCACUGUCACUUGUCUCUUCCUUGCCAAGAAUAAUGAAGAAUAGUCCCCAAACAAUGAAGGCUGAAUAUAAAAACAAAGUUUAACUGUUGUUUGGCAAAACCUUCUUUUGAAUCAGUUUUAAUAUAUCCAAGGGUUUGAUUUAAACAUGAAUUUGAGAAAUGUCAAGAGGGUUGAUGGCUAACAGAAAAACAUUUAAUAUUUACUUCAAACAAUCCUUGACACUAUUCCAAGAGAUCCUUUGAAUGUUUUAAACUGCAGCAUAUAAUGGCUGAAUAUCUUGAUUUUUAAGGAUCAAUCUGCAUCAGUUCCUGUAUUUUUCCCCUAUCAAGGGUACUAGUGAGAAAUGUAUUUUUAAACCAUUUUUUUAUGUGCACGGGGCCUGUUUCUUGAAAGUCCUGGUGGCUUAACAGGCCUGAAUGAAAAUGAAAAUGAAAAUUUAAAGAAAAGAGGAGCAGGUUCUAGCCCCCUAAGCAAUACAUUUUGUUUCUUUGGCUGAAAGUUUUAUUGUACAAUUUUCAAAGCUUUUGAAACCCCAUUUGUGAAUGAAGACAGAACAGCUAUACAGACCCAUUAAAUAAGUUACUGGGACCUUCAAGAAACAGGUCCCUGCUCUCAAAGCUGAAACUGGUUUGAAACAAGAUAAAUUUGUCCAUGUCAAACAUCUGUAAAAGUCUUCAAAUUAGCUCUUUGUGUCUAUCAAAAUUGGCUAUAGGAAAUGCAUUGUGCCACUGUUAGGCAUUUGUACUGUCCAAAGUAUUCAUAAUUUGAUUUUGGGUAAAAGAAUGUUACUCGAGUUUGGUUAGAUCACUUAGUAUCAAUAUGGAGAUGUGCACAUCUUAUUUUGUCAAAUUAGUUUAAGAAUGUUUUGAGUGAAUUCUUCAUGGUUGAUUUUCUUUCAGAUGAAACAUAAGAACUAUGAACAAGUAGAAAAGGUACUAAGAUAAUCAUUUUUUGAUAGACCUAACUGAGACAGGUUAAUGUUCUUGGCUUUGGCCUUGAAAGAGUUAAUAUGAUUUUCAGUUGAACAAGAUGAAACGUAAGUUUGGUGACCACAUUUUGACUAUAAAAUUGUGGUGUUGUCACAGGCAACUGGCACCAUUUCCAAUGGCAACAAGUUGAUUGACUUCUUUUUGAGACUUGGUUAACCAUUGGAAAUGAGCUAGGGCCAGAGGUUGCCUGUGACAACACCAUUAUUUCAUGGUCAAAACCUUUGCCAAACCUUUUCCAUGCCUUACUCAACUGGUAAUCAUAGUACUUUGUAGAGAUCUGAAAUGCAAAUCACCCUUUUUCUUCUUAAUUAUCAGUUGUGGUUAAUUCCAAUGGCAGUGAUAAAUUUCUUUGUUCUACAACCUGUGAAAUAUGGGAAAACUUCAUUCUCAUUCCGCUGUACUCAGUCAACGCUAAAUCUGCUUCAGGUUUCGAUUACCGGGAGGAUGUGGAAAGGGGCAUUUAAGAACUUGAUGGAAGGGGGACCUAACUUUAAGUCUUCAACUAACUGAUCAAGACAGUAGUUCUCCUUAUAAUGGUAAUGCAUUUUAAAGCAGACAAGUGAUGAGAAAAAAGCCAUUAGGACAAAAUAUCAAAUAGGGGAUUUAGAACUAACAUCGUGAGAAUUUUUAUGGUAGACAGUAAGGAGAACUACUAAUGAGAUCUUGGGAGUUAAAGGUGAAAGGAGACCUCCACUGUUAGAACAUAUUGAUAGAAUAAAAAAAUAAUCCUCACAGUUAAAAUUUGAUCCUUGCAGUAAUGAACACUACUUGAGCAGUAGUGGAAAAAGGGCCUGAAAAAAAAUUCAGGCCUGUAUGGGAUUUGAACCCAAUUUAAAAUUUGUCUGCACAAGAAGAAAUGAAUUGUUUACAGCAAUAGAAAAUUGAAAUAGAUGACUUAUUUUAUUUGAAGCUGGAAUGUUUUGUUCACCCCUAUCUUGGAUUGUAUGGCAUUUAACGGUGACCACUACAAUUUGUGUUAUCUCCUUGGUGCUCAUGGAAAUAAAAGAGCUACUUUUGAUUAUGAUAAGACAUGACAUAUGAUAUCAUACAAUCCAUACUUGUGCCUAGCAAAAAAAUUAAAACAAACUUUUAAGAUAGCUUAAAUUUGUUCAGUUUUUGUGCAUUCUGUUAAGGGAACUUCAUAUUUCAAAUCAUUUUUGUAGUGGUAAACAACAAUUUGUUCAGCAGUGGAGGCAUCCAUCUGGGAUUAUAAGAUGGAUGAUGUUGUAUUGUAUUCCUUUGUAAAGCUGCGCGUUGUGAUGAUUUCAACCGAGAUUUGAAAUGUGUCAGUUACUUCUACCUCUAUUGAGCCAGUUAGGAAAAAAUGAUUCUGUGAGAUAUUUCAAAUAUCAAUAAUUGUUUGCAUAGAUAACUCAGUUAGCUGGCCUUUUCUUAUUUAUUACACCUGUUCUCUCUUGACUCUUGUUAUUUCAGCUCUUCCAGAAAUGCUUGAUCAAGGUGUUAAACAUUGAUCUCUGGAAGUGUUACCUGUCAUAUGUAAAGGAGACUAAAAGCUCUCUUCAAAAUUUUAGGUAGGCAUGCAUUUCAAUUUCAUUAAAGAAAUUUUUAUUUGGUUGAAGCUAAAGCAAAUAACCCUUUACACCAUAACAUCAGUAGCCAUAUUUCCCAAAACCCUUCUCUUCACUUUUCCUUUGGUACUGACAUGAAGAAUUCAUCUAUCAAUUAAGGCAUCUUAGGUUUGUGAUUAAUUUCUUUAUUCUCAUGGUCUUAAUGAAUAAUUUAGCAGUAUUACUGGAAGGAGAAGUUAGAUGGAAUCAACUGCUGAGAUUCUAUGGAUUUAAUUUAAAUCCAUAGAACUUCUGCAUUUGAUUCCAAAUAACUCUAACCAUUAGGAGCAGUCAGUUAGUGUUAUAUAUGGAGAGUGAUAGGUACUCAAAGAAUGGGCAGAAAUGAUUUUAAAUAUCAAACAGGGAAUUCAAAAUAAUUUUCAUAUUCAAUUUCUUUCCAAACAAGAAGGACUUAAAAUGAAGCAAUAGUUUUUGAAGGAACAGCAGAACUGAAAAUAAUACAAUGCUGUACUUCAACAAUUUGUGUAAGUUAUUGGGGAUAAAAAUGUGAAGAAAAUAAGGGAAACAAAUUUGAGAAGUUGAGUUUUAGUGAAAUUAUGAAGCAAAUCCAGGAAGAGUAUUAUUAAAUUUACUUUCGAGAAAGAUUUGCUUGUUUUACUGGUAGUCUUGGGAAAAACCAUUAGAGGAAUUUAGGGCCUUUUGGGUGGAUGAGUGAAGAAUGGGUUAGUUUUCGUUGUUAAAAGUAGUAGUUAAUCACAAACAAACAGGAGAGGAUGUAGCCAACACUGAACUUGCUACUCAGCAGUGCAGUAGAACCCUGUGGACAUGAACUAAAACUGCCCUGAGAAACAAGCUCAAGACAUAGGCUAGCUUGAUUUACACUUGAGGUGAUGGUAAAUAACUACAAAUGUGCUCUAAAAGGAAGUGGUGGAAGGGUUAAGAAGUGCAGGACCAGACAUCUGUCCUGAAUUAACAAAGCUCCACCAUAUAAUUUACCUCUUUCCAUCUUGUCAAUAGCUCAUCACCAGUUCCACUCCUGUUUUCUUUGAACUCUCUUUUAAUUUUUCAUUGUUGGGGUUUUUAAUCUUUAACGUUAAAUCUCAUUGCGUGAUCCCUUGCACUUGGCUAUGACCCCUCACUCCAUUUUCAACCAAAAGUGGGAUAGAUUAAUUGUCAACUCCAGUAUUAAGGAGGAAAGUUGUGGGACUAAUUGAGCCAGUGUUUGCUUUACGCAGAAUUUCACUUUUAAUUGGAAAUCUACAUAUUAAAGGUUUUGCUGUUGCUAUUACAUUGUAUUCCUUCUUCUUCUUGCUAAUCAGUACAUUUUCAGCCUCAGCUGGUAGAGCCCUUUGUGCUAAAGGUGUGGUCUUUACUUUACAGAGAUAAAAUGCAGCAAGCUUAUGAAUUUGCCCUGGAUAAAGUUGGAGUAGACUUCAACUCUUACCAAGUCAGUCGAUAUAAUAUUGCAAUACAUCUUAUAUUGAUUUUUAUUUUACCUGGUUGUUUUAUUGAUAAUAUGUUUGUCUAGGGUAUGUUGAAGGUUUAAUCUAUCACAGUAGAGAAUAGCAGUAUCUGUACAAUAAACAGAACUUUUUCCAAAAAACAUGUCUUUGUGAACUCAAAACUCAAAUUCCAUGUGCAGGUUAAUUACACAUAAUUUAUGCACAAAGCAAAAAAAAUGAAAAAGUGUGCUUUUUUUUUUUCUUGCUAUUUUCCCAUAAAUGGUAUAUUUUGACAUGAACAGGCAUGUUCCUGUCAAUCAAGACCAUGAUAGAUAUUCCAGCAGUUUUCAUAUGCACAUGUAGGUUAAAUGCACACAUGCACAAAGUGAAACAACUUAAUACAUUUUUUUCAUUUGUUAAGGGGAAUAACAUAAUAAUUUUAUUAAAUACAAAGGAUAUUGUUCUUGGAUUUUUCUUUCUAUCUAUCUGAUAAUUCUUGUUUUGGUUUUGAUUUGUCACUUUUUUCAUAGAUUUGGUUGGAUUAUGUCAAUUUUUUGAAGUCAGGGUAGGUAUAUAAUUGAUAGACAAGUUACUAGACACAUGGCUUCUUUUUCACUUUGUCUUAUUUUGGCUUAUAUUAAGUGCUUAAAAUUUGUAAAUGUGUUCUUCCAAUUGUUUUAAUUUCAGUGAAGCAGUUGGCAGUUAUGCAGAAAACCGCAAGAUAAUCAACAUUAGAAAAGUUUAUCAGGUAACUUAUGUAACACUUCACUGCUGCCACAACAUUCAAUGGGGAGCUCUCAUUCUUGAUACUGACUCUUUCCAAGAAUUAAAAAAACACCUUUUCAAGUAUCACUAUCAAAUUGAGUGCUUUUCUUUAUAGAGAGCUGUGGUGACUCCUAUCAUAAAUUUGGAGGCACUUUGGAGGGAAUAUAAUGCUUUUGAACAGGUAGAUAUGAUUUUUAUUGAUUAAAGGUAUUGUCUGAACCUCUGGUCCUCAUUUUGUGAGCUAGUCAUCUGUUUGUGUUUUUUUUAAAAUCAGUAUUCAUAGUUAUUAACCAUAAGAAAGAGAAACAUUUUUAUGUUGACAUCUCAGUUCUAAAUGCACAAUAGAAUACAUACAAAUUUUAGAAAAUUAUCGUAAAUUUUACAACCGCCCAAUCUUGUCUACAUUUCAGAGUGUAAACAAGCUGUUAGCAAAGAAACUGAUUGAUGAUAAAACAAGAGAUUACAUGAAUGCCAGAAGAGUUUCAAAGGUAAACAGCUACCUUCCUAAAGUAGCAUUAAGUUAAAGGAAAACAUGAAUAUUGAUGAUAAUAUUGUACAAAAUACAUAAAGUUCAGAUUUAAGGGAUAUAACUUCCAGUACAAACUUGGUUUGGAAUUGAAGCCUCCCUCUCUGGUCUGCUUUAGUUCCUGUAAAAUGGAUUUCAGGUAUAAAUGAUUUCAAAUCAGGUUGAUUUGUAUUUUCUUUAAUUCCUUUAAAUUGUGGUCAUUUAAAUGCAGCAAAUGGAAAUACACACUGAAAGUUUUCAACCUCUUUUUUUCCAGUCCCAAGGGAGCAAACAUUUUUCUUGGUGACACAAUGUACUUUCAAGACUUGUUCAUCAAAUUGAAGUCUGAAUGAGUUUCCUUUCUUUACAGGAGUAUGAAGCCAUUACCAGAGGACUGGUCAGAGGAAACCCUUCAGUUCCUGUUCAGGGAACUGCUGAUGAAAUUAAACAGGUACCAGUAUAGAUAAAUUGUUGGGAUCUUGGUUUCUCUUGGACAUAUCUUUGACUUCAACCUUUACAAAUUACAACUUCUUUCGAUUCAACACAACUGUAACAAUUGAUUGGCAGCAGGAGUGAUUUUCAUUUUUUUUUAUUCAAUGGCCAGCUACAAAUAUGGAAGAAGUAUAUUGCUUGGGAAAAGAGUAACCCACUAAGGACAGAAGACACUGCCCUUCUUACUAAGAGAGGUAUUACUUAAAAAGUGAUUCUGUAAAUGCUAUAGGGUUACAGUUAACUUUAUCUCUACCACUGUAGUGGAAACACUAGCUUGCUAUCAUGAACCUUCUCCUACAUACCUCGCCAGAGAAGACACAUUUGGCAUAGUUAUUAUUUUUGAUUGGAUUGUGCAUAACAAACAGAAUCUAGUCUAUUGUAUUUUUCUAAGAUUUUUUGGGAUUUUUUGGCUGAAAAACAAACAACAGAAAAUUGCUGGUGGAACGAAAAACUCUCUCUCGAAAUUUUCUCCUGACUACCAAUUUUGGUGGGUGAAAUAAGUCUUUUGAGCUUUGUGCGACAGGCAUACCUUGGUUAGCUAAAAACCUUUUCAAAUUGAGAAAGAAGGUGUAUUUAGAAAUUGUUGUGUAGUUUGAAAUUGCUGUAAUUAUUUACCAAACCUGAUCCUGGCUGCAAGCCAUUGGACUUAAAACUCUUAUUUGCUGGCACAAUGUACAGGUAGUGCCAGGUUUAUGAGACUGGUGAUUUCAUUCUGUUGGCAUGGUACUCCUGAAUAAGAUGUGAGAGUUAGUUGGCAUGUAUAUUUAUUAGGUUCAGUAGUGUCCCAGCUUGACUAAGGAAAUGGUACUGUUUUCAUACCUUAAUGUUUAUUGAUAUGAAGCAUCACUCUGUGCUUUUGCAGUUGUGUAUUCAUAUGAACAGUGCUUGCAGACAAUGGGGUUUCAUCCAAACAUCUGGUGUGAGGCAUCAUUGUACUUGGAAAAAGUCAGUCAGAAGUUGAUGGAUAAGGGGGUAAAUUGACUUUAUUUCCUCCAUUGUUUUGGAGUUUUCUUCAUAUCAAACUUACCCAAUUGAUGAUGUUCAUAUCCCCUCUAGGUUAGCUAUCCUGUAGUCACUUGAAGCUUGCAGGUCUGAAACUUGGCUUUGGGUGGGAUGAAGGCUUUGGUCAAACUAUAGAAAGACAAGUUUUCAUUUAAUAUUAGUUCAAGUAAACUACUCUGACUUGGGGCUUGACUGGUUAUUCUUUGCUCACAGUGUACUCCUGAAAUUCUUGGUUUUUCUCUUAAUUCCCAUUUUUUAUCUCCCUACUUACAGAAUUUUCUCUAAAUUUGUUGUUAAACCAGUUAAUUUAAAAUGCUGAUUUGACAUUAUUUGUUUUUGCCUUUGAAGCAUCAAUUAAUUUCUCUGUAAUUUAUGUUUUUGGAAUUACAGGACAUGCAGGGAUCUAAAGUACUUGGAGAUGAGACUGCUGCCAUGUAUGAAAGAGCCAUCACAGGGAUCAUGAAACACAGCAUGCUAUUGUAUUUUGCAUAUGCUGACUUUGAAGAGGUAAAAAAAAAAAGUUACUUGACAAUAUGACUUUUAGAAAAACCACUAUAAGUCCUUGAAUGGGUUCCUGCAAGGCACUUAUUUCAAAUUUCAGCAGAGAGAAAGAUCACUUAUUGAUAGGUGGGUGCUUUGUAAAGAGGGUUGCUAAUUAUUCUCUUGUACUGAUUCUGCUGUUAUUGAAGCCUAAUAGUUAUAAUAAAGUGGCAAUAGAAACAGGUUUUCCUUGUAUCCCUACUAUUUAGGAUGGUGAGAUGGGAGUGGAGGGAGGGGGGGGGGCAUUUGUGAGAGGUGCUUGUUGGGGUGGGCAUAUAUUUUGGGGGAGGGUGCUUAUCAGAGGAGGGGUACUUAUUUGAGAAAACACAGUAUUUCCAUAAUACACAGUACUAGUAGUGGUGGUCAUGAACUGUUAUUUCCUUUGUAUUUCCUCUGCUUGGAUAGGGGAGAAUGAAGUUCCAGAAGGCAAAGGAAAUUUAUGAAAAAUACUUAGCACUUGAGGAUAUUGACCCAACUUUGGUGAGUAUAAUUUGUGUAGGGUUAGGGGUAGUAUUGUUUUAAUUUGAUCUCCCUAAUCUGAUUAUAGUAAAUAAAUUGAAAGAUCAAAGUAUAAAAAAAAGUGGGUAGUGUUUGAAGAAACAAACAAAUUUGUACUUUGAUGAACCUGGAUAGACAAAAACUUUAUCUUGGGCUAGAUUAUAAUUAUCCAUUGAAACAAUUACCAAGGUGUUGGUGCUAGUUAAGUUAACAGUGGAAUUUCCAGUGAAUUAUCAUUAUUAUUAUUUUUUUCUCCCAGGUUUAUAUUCAAUUCAUGAAAUUUGCAAGAAGGUCUGAGAGUGUCAAAGAAAGCAGAGCAAUUUUUAAGAAAGCAAGAGAGGAUUCAAGAACAAACUUUCAUGUAGGUGUAGAAAAAGCAAUUAAUUAAUACUCCUUCAGUGAUGAAUGAGAAAUCUUGGAUCAAUGUUGAAGUAUCUGAGGAACCAUACAUGUGCCCCUUCCCAGUCCAACAUUAACUCUAACUUACAGACAUUGAUGCAAAAUGUAGACAGGUGACAUGUUAUUUUAUUUUAUAUUGAAUAAUUUACUUGUCCCAUAUUUGUUUCAUGGGAUACUCACUUUUUUGAUUGUCUGGUAAUUUGCUGUUAGGUGUUUAUAUCUGCUGCCCUCAUGGAGUACUACUGCAGUAAAGUAAGUCCUGUUCCUAGUAAAUUAUUCAAAAGUUAUUUGUGAAAUUAUUUCAAUAGCAAAUGCAAAGUUGCUAAUUGCUACUAGCUGAACUGGGCGUUCAAUUUUGUUCCAGGACAAAGCAGUGGCAUUUAAGAUCUUUGAGCUGGGCUUGAAGGUAAGGCUGGCAAUCAAAUGCAUGCAGACAAAUUUUGUUUUGAUUUGAAACUGGUGAAUUACCAAUUGAAAGUGUGGCUCAGUCAAAUGCUGGUCAGAGUAGAGGUUGUUUUAUUGUUUUCACACAAAUUGCGUUGAAUAUCUGUGCUUCCUUUUCAGAAAUAUAUGAAUGAAACAGACUAUGUACUGGCUUAUGUUGAUUAUUUAUCACAUUUAAAUGGUAAGUUAAGCAUUCCAAUCAACUUUUUAACUCCCAAGAUUUGAUUCUUAAUUCUCUCUUUCAGCCGCUACACAUUUCCUUGUGAAUUAGUUUCAAGAAAUUUGUGUGAGAUUAAGAUAGCAACUUCUACUUAGUGAUAACUUUGAGUAUUCUCAUUACCCUUUUGCUCAAUAGUGUAUCCAUGGAUAUUAUAGGGAGAGGCUGCACUUUAAUCACUUCUGGGUGUUGAACAGUUAAAACAACAUCAUUUUAUUAACAAUGCUGAAUUUGUAAAGUCAAUUUUUAUCAAAAGGAAAAGGUUAUUUAGGGCAUAUUGAUGAGAUUGUUUUAUCCAAUUUGAUGUGUUUCUUUUUGUUUUAGAUGAUAACAACACAAGAGUACUGUUUGAGAAAGUUCUGAGUUCCAUGCCCAAAGACAAAGCAAGGUUGGUCACAGUUUUAACUGCAGUGAAAAUCUCCCCUCCAGUUACUUUGCUGGAGAUUGUUAAUGCAAUACUUCUAAUAAAAUUCAAGUUGAUGUAUUUGUUUAUUUACACAUUGUUAGUGAAGUUUGGGGGAAAUUCUUGGAAUUCGAAACCACAAGUGGUGACUUGGCCAGCUUAGUAAAAGUAGAGAACAGAAAACUUGAAAUCUAUAGAGAGGUAAGCUAAGGCUAGCUGUCAGACUUCAUGGGCCUAUGAGUAUUUCCUUACUUUUCCUUGCGCAUGAAACAUGUAUUAUUAUGAAAACUAAUAUGUAAAUGAUGUACUUAAAUUGUUUGUUCCUGUUACAUUGAUUACCAUCUGACAGACCUCACCAGAGUCAUUCAAAAAUCAAUGAAAGUGAAGUUAAAUUAAUUUUAAUCUGAAACCUACUUAAUUAUUUUAAGCUACAAUAUGUACUCUGCUCUUUUCUGCAUGUCACUUUGCUCAGCCAAAAGCAAAUGCAUUUAAAUCUGGAUUCUGAUUGUUCUUUCAAUUUUACUCAUGGUCUAUUUUUUAAAUUUUCUUUUUACAGGAACUGGAAGGCCAUGAAACAUCAGUGCUUGUUGACAGAUAUAAAUACUUAGACCUUUUUCCUUGUACUUCUUUGGAACUAAAAAUAAUGGGCUAUGUGGUAAGAGUCAUUUUCCUAGAAAUUUCUUCCUACUAUGGUGCCUGCAUCAAAAAGUAUCAACUUUGUAAUUAUUUUAGAGUAACCUUGUAACUCGGGGUGAAAACCAAAAUAAAAUGUUGAUGUCCUGUUUGUUUUGAUUGUUGGAUCAAAAUCUUGAGUCCAAUGCUAACAUUUGAUUUUCAAACAUUUUAAACUUAAGGGCUCAACGAAACAGAAUGGCAAUGCACCAAGCAUGCUGUCCUCUGUUCCUUCUCAAAGUGAACAGAAUGAAGAAAAACCUGUGAAAUAUCCUCGGCCAGACACAUCACAGAUGACACCGUUUAAACCAGCUGCAGGAGCUGGUAAGAGUUUACUCAAAGUCUUUAAUUUAGAUUUGAAAAUUUAGGAUUGUGAUGAAAUUGAAGUCUUAUUUACAUGAGUCUGUGGAACUCUGAUUUACCAUGAUCCAGUUUUGGGCCAACAAAUUUUGAUUUGAUUCAAUCAAUGGGGUGGUUAGAUUAACAAAGUCACAUAUUGCAGAAUGACUCUAAAGGCUUUCAACUCAUUUGGAUUUUCAUUUAAGUUAUGCAUCAUGUCACAAUGGCACUCCAUCAACAAAUUCAGUUUCUCUUAGGACUUCUGACUUAUUUUUUAGCCAUAUUUGUACUUCUCUUUAUUAUGGUCUUUACAAGCCAAGAUCAUUAAAGCUGUGACGUUCAUACCUACUGCACACCACCAGUAUUACAAAGUGACAUAUGGCAGCCAUUCAGUAUCGUUAUUCCACUAAGAUUGUUUGUGACCGGCUCUUAAUCUUUUGAUCAAUUUAUUACAAUGUAGUCAUUAAAUGGCUUACACAAGGUGCAGUGUGACCUGCAAUGCAUGAGGGGAAGUGGGGGGAGAGGCAGUUAGGAGCUAGGAAAACAAUAUGUAUUUUGUGAUUAUCUUGAAUAGUUUUUUCUCAUGAAAUAAUAGUCAGUACAUGAAUAAUCCCUAUUAUUAUACAUUACACUUACUAUGAAUUAUCUGAUUGGCCAAAAUAUUCAAUCAAUAUACAAUAGCAUGUGAAUUUGAAAUGAUAAAUGCAACAUCUGCACUGGAUAUUGCAUUUAUCAUGUUGAGUUCAAAGUUUGCCUAGUUUCCAAGCCCCUCAUCUAUGUACAGUGUUCUCAAACUUUUGCAAACUCAGAGAGGAACUCAAAGUAACUGAACACUACACCAAAAAAAAAUUAUUGAAUUUGGUUUUGCAUGAUAUCAUGCUAAACCUCAUCAAAUAAUUGUUUAUUGCUUUGCAGUUGGGCUUCACUCAGUACCAGGGGGAGUUUUUCCAGUUCCACCUGUGGCAGCACAUCUUAUGACUCUUUUACCUCCUCCAUCUUGCUUCCAGGUAGUGUAUUGCAGACUAGUUGGCCACAGCCUCAACCUUUUUAUUCUUGUUUUUCUUGUUACCAUGUUCCCACCAAUAACAUGGCUCUAUUUUCUACAUAUAUACAAAUGCUCAAACAACCCACAAUUCCUCCAUUCGCUCUGAGAAAGGGCUAAUGCUUGAAACAUCAGCUUUGAAACACUUAAUGGUGGCCAAUUUACAUUAUCAACAUAGUCAAUAAUACCAAAUUACCCUGUUAUACUCUCCCACCAAUGUAGCAGCUCAGUUUCUUUAGAAACUUACCCCCUUAUAUUCGUCAUGCUUAACCUAGUUUGAGUGAUGGAAAUCAUUAGGGAACUGAUUCAAUUAAACAAUAUCGCAUGGUUUGAUUAAGGAAGAUAUGUCCAGGAUUAAAUUGUUUGGCUGAGGGAAAUGUCAAUCUGUUUGAAUGAGGUAGUCAUUCCUGGAAUUACAGUUACCUUGUGCAGAUGUUAAUUUCAAGUAAAUUUAUAAACAGGUUUUAUCCUCAUCAUGGUCUGAAAUUUUUCUUAAGUGACAAAUGACUUUCAAAUGGCUAUUUUCAAUGCAACAACACUGUUCUAAUGUUGGAGGUGUUUUGUUGCACUGUGAAAAUCUGACAUGACUUUUUGUAGACAUUGUGAGAAAUACCAGUGCUAUAUUAAUUAACUUUAAGGGCUGGAGCACUUUCCUCUCACCAAUUUGGUAGGAACAGUGGUGCCCUCUUUGUCAUACAUGGUUUGCUAAAGAGGCAGAAUAGAUCAGCAGAUCAGGGAUCUAGCCUUAAAAACUCACUGGUUGUGGAAUAUUGUCAAAGUUAAGCAGAUUUGUGGAUUCAAAAAUUUAUUAGGUUUGCAAACUGGCUCAACUUUUGGGCCAAGAUUCCAUAUUCUGUUGAGAAGUUCAGAUUGUGGAUUGCAUCCUGGUCAGUCUUCGGUUGGCCUUUCAGCCAGGGAAUUUACAGAUUGGGUCAAAACAUUUUAUGGUUUGGGGUAUUCUGAUUACUCCCUCUUGAACAGAUCAUCACCUGACAAUGUAAUUAAUAGACCUUUACUUACCUUGUGUUGUCCUUUGUUUCUGUUGCCACUUGCCAUGGUCACUGCACUUUAUGAUUUUCUCAGAAAUUAGCUGUGCCACUCAGCUGGUCUCACCCUUUAUUUUUGUUGUAUAUAUAGGGUCCAUUUGUAAUGGUUGAUGACUUCAUUCAGUUAACUUUAGAGUCUGAAAUACCAGAACCAGCGCCUUCAGGUUGGUGAAAACUUUGGCUUAUGUGACCUUGAUACAGUGUAAUACAUGUUUCAAAUGAGAGGGUAUUGCUGAGUUAAAUUUCAGAUAACAUUUUCUUCACUUGAUAUCUCCCUUUUUUUUGCUUUAUACUGUUAGUUGCUUUAUUCAGUUUUAACAUAAGUUAUCUCAAAAACUUCUUUGAUGUAUGUGAAAAUAAAGGCAAAUUUUCCUUGCUCAGAUCUCCAUAGGAAAAUUGCCAUGCAAGUGGCGUAAAUCAGACAUUGCAUGCAUUGUGAGUUGCGCGCUGCUCAAUUCAAAGCGUUGAUAUCUCCCUACCCCCCUUGGGCAAACAUGGGUAUUUGAUUGUUGUCUCACCUGGGGGUGGGAAAUUUGAAUACAAAUUUUCAAGUCUGUUCAGCACAGCAAAUUUGUUUUAUCUUUUAAAACAGAGGUGUUGUAAGGUAAAGAAUUCACUUCCUUCCCUUUUACAAAAAGUUAUCGUAAAAAAUCUUGGAAUUCAAAGGAACCAAUCUUCAAAAGUUCAAAUGUGCAGGGGAGAGGAGGGGUAUGUUUACGCUUUGAAUUGAUUGAUGCAUCAUGUUACGCUGUAAUGCUUUCUAAUUACUGCAGGUUUACCAGACACUGAGAUGGGUCCACUGAAUGGUGUUGAGGGUGGUGAAGAUGGAAUAGAAGUUGAUCAAAACAAACGGGGUGUCAAAAGACCUGGGGCUGAUCAUGAAAGUGAUGAUGAGAGUUCUGCUGCACCACCUGAGAAUGACAUCUACAGGAGUCGUCAACAGAAAAGAGUGCACUGAAAAAAAAAGGGGGGAAUUUCAUCAUCCUCAAAACUUGUGGAGCAUAACCGUUGUAGCUUGCAUUUCUGCCAUGUGUUAUUCUGAACCUGGAUUGAGAGGCAGAGGCUGUCUGCAACAAAGGCUAACCCUUUUAAGACAUCUAUUUUUCUAAUUCACUUAAGAUUAUGUCCUCCCUCCUCCCUCCCCUGAUAAUUCACCAGAGGAGGAAUUGAAGAUUUAACUCAGACAAAUAAGGGAAUUGUAGUCUUAGCUAUGCCCCAUUAUUAAGGGUCAAAGAAAUUCUCAAGGAGUUAAAAAUUCUUAUCACAUACAGUUGUUACUAAAACAUGUUCAUUUUGCCAGCUUCAUGGUUGAGCUUCACAACUUGAAAUCACAUUAAAGUCGAGCCUCAGACAAGAGAUACAUGUAUUAUUUAGUUCCUUUGAUGAUCUUUGAGGCCAAUUGAGAGCAAGAAAGUAUUUAUUUAUAUUUUACAAAUUGACCUCUGAACUCUGUUUUCCUUUCACUCUCUGCCCCAGUCAGUGGUCCUCAGUCAUCAAUGUUUGUACAGCCCAUUUAGAAUUAGUUUUUAGUGCCUUGAAUAUUUAAAUAGUUUGAACAGUUUUUCCUUGCACUUACUAAUUGUGUAUAAGACUGUGUAGCG